AUGGCGAUCAAGCACAACCAGCAACUCCCCAACAACCACUUCCACAAGGACUGGCAGCGCCGCGUCCGCGUGCACUUUGACCAGGCCGGCCGCAAGUCUCGACGCCGAGCAGCUCGUCUGGCCAAAGCCGCUGCCGUUGCCCCCAGACCUGUCGACAAGCUCCGACCCGUCGUGAGGUGUCCUACGAUCAAGUACAACCGCCGUGCCCGAGCCGGUCGGGGGUUCACAUUGACGGAACUCAAGGAAGCCGGCAUCCCCCGCAAACUCGCACCCACGAUCGGCAUCGCCGUCGACGCCCGCCGCGUGGACACCAACCAAGAGACCCUGGCGCUCAACGUGUCGCGCUUGAAGGCGUACAAGGCCCGACUGAUCCUGUUCCCGCGCAAGUCCGGCCAACACAAGAAACUCGACUCGUCCGAGGCUGACGUUAAGCUGGCGACCGAGUCGGCGGAGAACAAGGACGGCAAGAUCGCCACGUCGGUGCGGGACGUCAUGGCCAUCGACGCCGGCGUCGGCCUCAAGCACGGCUUCAGCGAGAUCAAGAAGGGCGACCUGCCCGAGGGCGAGGAGGACGCGUACCGGAAGUUGAGACAGGCUCGCAGCGAGGCCCGGUUCGUCGGCGCGCGCGAGAAGCGGGCCAAGGCCAAGGCAGAGGCAGAGGAGGCCAAGAAGAAAUAA